AUGAGUUUAAUUCUGCCCAAGAUUCCACUAUGGAUCGACUGUGACCCGGGUCACGAUGACGCCAUUGGCCUGUUACUAGGCUCGGGACUAGAUCAGUAUCACCUGGUAGGAGUAUCGACAGUCCAUGGAAAUGCAUCGUUAGGAAAUACCACAUCCAACGCCAUUUCCAUUCUCACUGCAUUCAAAAGACUCGAUGUUAACGUAUAUCCCGGAGCAGAGAAACCGCUAGUUCGCAAAUUGAAUGUGGCAGACUCGAUUCAUGGUAGAUCCGGUUUGGAUGGCACUGCAUUUCUGCCCAUGCCAUCAUUCGACGCCCAACCCGAUCAUACGGCCGUAGCAGCUAUGGCCAAAGCCAUUGAAACAUAUCCUGGAACACUAGCAAUUGCAGCUCUUGGACCACUAACAAACAUAGCUUUAUUAGCCAUGAACUACCCAGACCUGUUACCGAGUUUACGGCUGUUAUCAAUAAUGGGAGGAGGUCUUGGACUUGGCAAUUGGACCAAGUUCGCCGAGUUUAACAUCUGGUGUGACGCCCAUGCUGCCCAGAUCGUGUUCUCGGACACCACUUUAAUUCCCAAAACCCUACUGGUGCCACUGAAUCUGACCCACCAGGCGAUAGCCACUGAUGAAAUACUAGAACAGAUACAGAAGAGCCGGCAGCUGGACCGACGCUCGGUGCUGCGACAGAUGCUCUAUGAGCUCAUGAUAUACUUCGCAGGAACCUAUAAAAAGAAGUUUGGAUUCAAAAACGGGCCACCCGUGCACGACGCAGUAGCAGUAGCGGCCAUUCUGCCAUUCUACAGCGACAACUCCACCGAACGCAGCGAGCACUCCAACGACCCGCCAGCAGCAGAUCUCGACCUGCGAUUUGCCCGAUACCAAGUCCACGUCGUCGAAGAAGGGCCCCAAGAGGGUAUGCUCGUUUUCGAGCCCGACUCGGACAACGGCAUCAUGAUCGCCCAGGAAAUGAACUUCACCGAGUUCUGGCGACUUGUGCUCGACGCCGUCGACAAUGUCGAGAGCUCGACGUCUCUCCUCGUCUCGUAA